UGUAAAUCCAAAAUCCGGACUCAAAUCUCAAAACAUUUAUUUGGAUCGAAUUAAAUUUGACAUAAUCGAAGCAUAUUUCUAUAUAUAUAUAAAUAUGCUUCGAAUUUGGAUCUGGCUUGCUAGUCGUCGCCGCACCGGUGGCUACACGUUUCCUACGCCCUACCGUCUCUGUCGUACUACUUUCUGCAUUCCCUUCCGCUCUCACCUCGGCAGUACAAAAAUUCUCGUCCCUCUUCGUAAAAGUACAAGUCUACUCCAUUCCUCCCAAAAUCAUCCCUGUCAAAACCCUGCUAUUUAAUACCUCGCCCAAUAACCCUAACAUGUCGGUUCUUUGCAAUGUCCAAACCCAGCCCCCUCCUCCCUUUUCUUCUCCUCGCCCUCGUCCUCUCCGCCUCCUCCCACGGCGGCCAUGACGACGCCGCCGCCGCAGAUUCCGACUCACCGCCUCCAAAUCUGCGGUCUCGAUCCCUUAUUCUGGUUAAGAUAUGGUGCUUGAUAAUCGUCUUCACAGCAACCUUCGCCGGCGGGAUCUCGCCUUACUUUUUCAAGUGGAACGAAGCGUUCAUCGCGUUCGGGACACUGUUCGCCGGCGGCGUAUUUUUGGGGACGGCUCUUAUGCACUUCUUGAGUGAUUCUAACUCGUCUUUUGAGGAUUUGACAGAUAAGGAAUACCCUUUCGCAUUCAUGUUGGCUAGUGCGGGGUAUUUGGUCACCAUGCUCGCCGACUGUGUUGUCACCGGCGUCGUCGCACGGGGGAGAACUGUUCGGGAUGUUCAAGGAGGGAAAGAUCAACAAAACCAGUCUGGACAGAAUGAAUUGGGCUCGCAGACACAGCCUGAGGAUGGUGGAGUACAUGCUCAUGGCCAAUCUGUGAAGUCUGGACUCUAUGAGGCUGCUUCACUGGGAGAUAAUAUUUUGUUGAUUGUGGCUUUGUGUUUUCAUUCCGUUUUUGAGGGAAUUGCAAUUGGUGUAGCAGAAAACAAAGCAGAUGCAUGGAAAGCACUGUGGACUGUAUGCCUCCACAAGAUAUUUGCAGCCAUUGCAAUGGGCAUAGCUCUCCUUGGCAUGAUGCCGAAUCGCCCGUUACUCUCUUGCACAGCUUACUCCUUCGCAUUCGCCAUUUCUAGUCCUGUCGGCGUGGCGAUAGGCAUAAUCAUAGAUGCGACGACAGAAGGCCGUGUGGCGGAUUGGAUUUAUGCCAUUUCAAUGGGACUCGCUUGUGGAGUCUUCAUUUAUGUUUCUAUAAAUCAUCUUCUUUCCAAGGGCUAUAAGCCGCUUCGGCCUAUCGCCGCAGAUACACCUCUUACUCGGUGGAUGGCUGUGACUGUGGGAGUUGGUGUUAUUGCUGUUGUUAUGAUAUGGGAUACUUGAUGGGGAUGGGUUAAGGGAGUGGAGGAAUUAGAAGAGAGGAGAAAAGGAUUGUUGGGAGCUUCUUUGGCUUGUGCUUGUGUUUGGAGAGCUUAAAAACUUUAAUUGUAUUGAAAUGAUUUGAAAUACAUAGAAAGGAAAUACAUACCAAACAAAUAUUAGAGUUGGACUA